GACGUUUUGAACAAUGUGACCUUGUUGGCCUGCUCCGAGCAGGGCCACGAUUUGUGCAGGCUCACACGCCAGCAGAUUCGUGCAUCAGUGCAAGGUUGGUGGGUAGAUGUCAGCCAGUGCAUCACACGUCGGGCUCGAGCACGCCCCGGCGAGCCGCUCCCCACGCUGACGACAGCUACAGAACUAUACAGUUUCACAGACGACCGCGUCAUCUUGGGAUGUGAACUCUUGAGCAUGCACGGACAUGCGGCCAGCUUGCGCAUUCCACCUAGUGUUUCCGACAGCACAGUCAAAGACCUCGCGGGCGAGGGGAUCGCCCUCCCCUCCCUCGGGAGCGUCCUCUGGUGCUUAUUCCUGUGCAAGCGCUUCCCAAAAGUGAGAAGGGAAGCUUUGUUGGUGGAGUCUCAGUCCCAGCCUUCUCUGGAAGUUUUGGACUAA